AUGGGAGUAUCAUCCCCUUUCACUGUGGUUUGGGAGGCCAUCACCCAGACGUCGGAGUCGCCGCCCUGGCUUCUGAGCUACAGGUCCAGCUCGGUGUUCAUAUCUGCCACGGUAUCGAUUGCGGUUUUCACAGAUAUCUUCUUGUAUGCCAUCAUUGUGCCAGUUAUCCCUUUCUCGCUGCAGGUUAGGGCCGGCGUCGAUGCCGAUAGUGUCCAAUCUUGGGUCUCUAUCCUCAUUGCUGUGUAUGGCGCCUCUCUUCUAGCAUUUUCACCGAUAUGCGGUUGGUUCGCAGACCACUCAAACUCUCGCCGUGUACCUUUGCUCCUGGGUCUCUUCGCUCUUGCCGGAGCCACAGUCAUGUUGCAUGUCGGCAGGUCCAUUGGGCUCCUGGUCGCUGGACGACUCCUGCAAGGCGCCUCGGCGGCCGUUGUAUGGGUCGUAGGUCUCGCACUCCUUGUCGAUACGGUUGGUAAAGAAGAUGUGGGACAAGCGAUGGGCUACGUCAGUAUCGCGAUGAGUCUUGGUAUCCUCGUCGCGCCUCUACUCGGCGGUGUUGUCUUGGACAAAGGCGGCUACACGGCUGUGUUUGCCAUGGCAUACGGACUCAUUGGCCUCGAUAUCAUUCUGCGCCUGGUUCUGGUUGAGAAGAAGAUUGCUCGGCGUUGGGAGCCGCAAGAGGAGGUGGUUGACCUGGCCGAUACGCGCACGCAUGGAUACGGCACCACGCCUACAAGCCGCGAAGGAGAGGCGGACAAGGAGAAGCCGAGCACCGACAUGCCUCCUCCCUCGCGAGACCAGACGGACUCUGAAAAAGUUGACUUCUCAGAGAGCCCAACUCCUGCGCCGGCAGAAGCCCAACCGCCUGCCAACCAGCCCUCCAGCCGCUACAACCUGCCACCCACGCUCUCGCUCCUCACAUCGAAGCGGCUAGCGGCAUCGCUCUGGUCCACGCUCGCGGUCAGCAUCCUCUUCGCAUCCUUCGACGCGACGCUGCCCCUCUUCGUGCGCACAACCUUCCACUGGAACUCGACAGGGGCCGGCCUCAUCUUCCUGCCCAUCGUAGUGCCGACCUUCACCGCGCCAGCAAUCGGCUGGCUCUCCGACCGCUACGGGCCGCGCUGGUGCACGGCGUGCGGUUUCCUCGGCUGCUGCCCCUUCUACGUCCUCCUGCGGCUCGUGACGCACGACAGCCUGGAGCAGAAAGUGCUGCUGUGCGCGCUGCUGGCGCUGCUGGCCGCCAGCGUCACGUUCAUCAUGCCCUGCAUCAUGGCCGAGAUCACGUACGUGGUUGCGGCGAAGGAGGAGCGCCAGCCCGGCCUGUUUGGCGCAAAGGGCGCGUAUGCGCAGGCUUAUGGCUUGUUUAAUAUGGCGUGGGCGGGUGGCUCGCUUGCGGGCCCCCUGUGGGCAGGCUAUGUCAGGGAUGAGGCUGGUUGGGGCACCAUGACUUGGUCGUUUGGGCUGUUGGCUGCGAUAAGCGCUGUCCCGGCUGUGCUGUUCUGCGGUGGCUGGAUUGGAAAUGCUAAGGUUAAGGGGGGUGUAGGGGAUGCUGGGGAUGGGGAGACGGGGGUAGAGGAGAAGAGGAAAGAGUGA